CCGAAUCUCUAAUUUUGCCAGCAUGACGCUAAUACAAGACACUGAUUCUUUUAAAGACAUCAUGAAUUCUUCCGACGAGGGUGACUUCGAGGAUUUGAAGAGAUAUUUCGCAAAGAUAUAAUGGACGCGUCUAUUGAAGUGUGAAAAAGUGAGUUACAUAAACAUUAAGAGGAACCAUCUGGACAUGUUGGUUAAAGAUAUGUUGCAGCACAACAACCCCGCCACCGAAGCUCCAAGUAUUCACUGCUGAUCACUACCGAAGCUUUGGAGCCCCAAAAAUAUGGGCUGAACUCUCCAGUACCUGGGUUUAUGAGGAGAGGCAGAUCUAGACUAGAGAACAUGGAUCCACUUCUAUCACCCAGUGACUCAGAGGAGAAAGAUGACUGGACCCCUCGUCUGGAGAGAUGCUGGAGUGAUGUAGUGAAAGGAGAGGAGGAGGAGAUGACCGUCACAGUGAAAGAAGAAGAAAACGGAAUGAAAGAAGAUGAUGCUAAAUUGAAAGGAGAGGAUUUUUUUGUGAAAAAAGAGGCGGCAGUUUUUGGUGUGAAAGAAGAAAAGGAUGAGAAGGAGAUACCUGUCUCAAUGACAGGAGAGAAAGAAGGUUUCUGGUUUAAAGAGGAAGAUGUUUCACUGAAAGAGAAAGGCAUUUUGGGACUGAAGGUGGGAAGUAAGGAAGAGGUGAUGCUUGUCACAGUGAAAGAGGAGGAUCGGGAAGAGUUGGAGCAAGAGGAGGGGGAAGAGGAGGAGCAAGAGGAGGGGGAAGAGGAGGAGCAAGAGGAGGAGGAGGAAGAUAAUUUUGGAUAUCUGAUUUCCUCUAGCAAUGCAAUUGCUGAAUCUUCCCAGUCCCAGAUCUUCUCCUGUUCCAGGUGUCCAGUCUCCUUCACCUCUCAGAUCUACCUCCAUAAGCACACAAAGAAAUUUCACCAUGAAGAGUACAUUACAUUAUUGAGGAGUGGAGAGAUCAGAGCAGAUAGUCUCACCUCCUCCAGCACUUUACAGCCACAUUCAACCACCUUACAUGCCAGCAAGCCACCUACCAACCUGAAACCCAGAGACACAGAGAAGCCAAGACCUCACCACUGCUCCCUAUGUGGGAGGACUUUCUGUAAGCAAACAGACUUAAAAAGACACCAGACCAUUCACACGGGAGAGAAGCCACACAAAUGCUCCCAGUGUGGCAAGGGUUUCACUAACAGCAGUAAUCUCAGAAUACACCAACGCAUUCACACAGGAGAGAAGCCGUACCACUGCUCCAUGUGUGGAAAGACUUUCAGUCAAGCAAGAAAUCUCAGAACACACCAACGCAUUCACACUGGAGAGAAGCCAUACCACUGCUUCCAGUGUGGGAAGAGUUUCAUAGACAGCAGAAAUCUCAGAACACACCAACAUGUUCACACAGGAGAAAAGCCAUACCACUGCUCCCAGUGUGAAAUAACAUUCAGUCAAGCGGGUAAUCUCAGAAGACACCAACGUGCUCACUUAGGAGAAAAGCUGUACAACUGCUCCCAGUGUGGGAAGGGUUUCACUAACAGGAGUAAUCUGAGAGCACAUCAAUGCGUUCACACUGGAGAGAAGUUGAAGCCGUAUCACUGCUCUCAGUGUGGGAAGACUUUCAGUCGAGAGAGUCAUCUUGGAACGCACCAGCGCAUUCACACAGGAGAGAAGCCAUACCACUGCUCCCAGUGUGGAAAGACUUUCAGUCAAGAUAGUAAUCUAAGGAGACACCAGCGAAUUCACACAGGAGAUAAGAUGUAUCACUGCUCCCAGUGUGAGAAGUCUUUCAGUCAAGAGAUGAAUCUUAAAAGACACAAGCACAUUCACACCACUGAGAAUUCAUACCACUGUUCCCAGAUUUUCAGUCAAACAAGUGUUCUUUAAAGCCAGAUGUAACAUAAACAUAUGUAUUUUUAAACGCCUCUUAAAAGUGUACCUAGUAAACAGUCAUUUUCCGGGGACUAUAAUUGUUAUACCAAUCGUAUGGCGCAGUGGUCUUUGUCACUGCCUUAUAUGUACAGCUGCUUUAUUGUGAUCAGUUGAUCAAAUCCUGAGGGAGAGAUCCUAACAAGGCACCAUCUACGUUUUUUUGUCAUUGGCAUUGGAAGAAUCUAUCCGGAGUAGUCUGUGGUGGUUGUCUCGUCAUAUAUAAAAACACCAUGACCAAAUGGUUGGCGCUACAAACCUGUAACCUUUUUUAGAAUCAGGAGAUUCAUUGUAAUUUCCUCAUUAUCUUCCAUUAUUUUUGGUAGAAAGCAAUGUAUGUCCAUCAAAAUGCUAAAUCUAUGAAAAGAAAAUUAAAAUAUUUGCACAUGUUAACUCUGAACUAACCAUAAUUUAAAGACAAUGAAUGCCUUGGACCUGAAUACAUAGGGUCAUACAUACGGUAAUUUCCUUGAAUGGGUUAAAAUAUUACAGAUUUUAUGGCAGUUAUCUUAGCAACUAUGUGACACUACCUCUCAAAUUCAACAUGUUAGGUUGAUGUACGUCAUAUUUGUUCAUGCAUUAGUGAUUCAGAUCUAAUGCUUUACUUGAUUGAAACAGUUACAGCUGACAGCUUUUUUCCAUUGUUGUUAGCAAGGUGUUUCAUGUGAGGUCAUGACUAAAUUAAAUCAAAUUAGUGACUCAAAUAUAUUUUUCUCAUCGUUGAAGUGUAGUUUUUAUCAAAUCAGAUUUGUGGUGCACUUAGCUAGCUAAAAUGCUAAUGGAAGCUAACUAGCAAACUUGCUACCUUAUGUUCCUGCUAGUUAAGACAAUGUUUCAUGUUAAAAAUUAUUCUGUCGGAUAUUGCAAGCAGUUGGAGUUAUGAGUUGGUAAUCCUGUUAAAUCUUAACGGGUGGUUUCAGAGACAAGAGUGUAGGUAACUGGAAGGUGGGUAAAGGUUAAUAUAAUCUUAUCACAUUUGAUUGUGUUGUGAAACAGUUAGCUUACAUGCUAACUGGAGCUAAGUGGCAAGUUACUUUGCUACCUAUUGUUUCUAGUUAAUGUGAUUCUAGUUCAUGUGAAUUAAUGUCCAAAUGUGUAUUUGAUUCUGAUAUUUUCAGCAGUUUGAGUUGCAGGUUGGUAAUGCCAUUAAGCCUUAAUGUAUAGUUUCAGAGGCUAGUGUUAGUAGUAUUAUCAUGUUGGAUGUUUUCUGAUGCUGUUAUCUGGAUCUCACUAACUAGUGCUUUUGAUUGAAUAAAUCAACAUAGGAAAAAUUCUAAAAUAAAAAAUAAAUAAAUAAUCUGUACGCCUGUAACAAGUUA